AUGAACCCCCACGACAGUACAGACACACGAACACACGACGACGAACCCCCAGGACAGUACAGGCACACGAACACACGACGACGAAACCCCAGGACAGUACAGACACACGGACAAGCGGCGACGAACCCCCAGGACAGUACAGACACACGAACACACGACGACGAACCCCCAGGACAGUACAGACACACGGACACACGACGACGAAACCCCAGGACAGUACAGACACACGGACAAGCGACGACGAACCCCCAGGACAGUACAGACACACGGACACGCGACGACGAACCCCCAGGACAGUACAGACACACGGACACGCGACGACGAACCCCCAGGACAGUACAGACACACGGACACACGACGACGAACCCCCAGGACAGUACAGACACACGGACACGCGACAACAAACCCCCAGGACAGUACAGACACACGGACACGCGACAACAAACCCCCAGGACAGCCCCUGGCCCCCCUUUUCAACCAGGCCCCUGGCCCCCUUUUCAACCAGGCCCCUGGCCCCCUUUCAACCAGGCCCCUGCCCCCCUUUUCAACCAGGCCCCUGGCCCCCCUUUUCAACCAGGCCCCUGGCCCCCCUUUCAACCAGGCCCCUGGCCCCCCUUUCAACCAGGCCCCUGGCCCCCCUUUCAACCAGGCCCCUGGCCCCCCUUUCAACCAGGCCCCUGGCCCCCUUUCAACCAGGCCCCUGGCCCCCUUUCAACCAGGCCCCUGGCCCCCUUUCAACCAGGCCCCUGGCCCCCUUUCAACCAGGCCCCUGGCCCCCCUUUCAACCAGGCCCCUGGCCCCCCUUUCAACCAGGCCCCUGGCCUCCUUUUCAACCAGGCCCCUGGCCCCCCUUUCAAAACAUACUGA